UCACGCCACACUGGUGAAAUUGAGCGUGUCUGUCAAGUGUUUGUUGCUUGUGUCAGUACGUGUAUUUUAUGGAAAUAGGGCAAUAUUCAGUGAGUUGCCAGGAUUGAAUUGGGCCACGGAGCACGUACGCGCGCUACGAGUUGGGACUGAAAAAAAAAUAAACGCUUUCCGUACUUAAUUGUCCACGGGAGACACUUCUCUACUCUGCGCAGACACGGACACUUCAUUCAAUCCGUGACACUCCUGUAAUACUGCUGCUUUUUGUGGAACGAUGUUGCCGUACUUUUUUUUGUUCGUCUUUGCUGCGUCACCCUUACUCGGCACAUCUGCACGGAAUGCAUCUGCCGGUUGUGCUAUCAUCCGUCCUCCGAGAGAUGGUGGUAUAAGAUACAGAGGCCUCACACAGGAGCAGAUCCGAAGUGUGCAGGUUCUCCCUGUUGACUAUGAAAUUGAAUACAUCUGUAGGGGAAACCGUGUGAUUGUUGGACCCAAGGUCAGAAAAUGCUUACCCGAUGGCUCCUGGACCGACUUGAAACAACAAAGUAGAUGCCUGUUUUUAUGCCCUCGGGUCUGGACGUCUUUGGAAAAUGGUCGAGUUUCUUCUUGGCCACCAGGACUCCCGGUGGAAGGAACCGUGCUACAAUAUAGCUGUCUCCCUGGCUUCAUUUUGAUGGGCCGAAACGCAACGCAGUGUAAUAAAUUGGGCAGAUGGGACACGCCCAAACCCGUGUGUCACUAUGACAGACAUUUCAAAGCUCUCGGCAAGAAGAAGCUAUACAUCGGCGCGCUCUUCCCCAUGAGCGGAGGCUGGCCCGGGGGGCAAGCCUGCCUCCCCGCCGCUAAGAUGGCCUUGACUCUGGUGAACGAGAGGGCCGAUAUCCUUCCGGACUACGAGCUGGAGCUGAUACAUUACGACAGUAUGUGUGAUCCAGGAGAAGCCACCAAACUGCUUUAUGACCUUCUAUACACCGAACCCAUCAAGAUUGUACUGAUGCCCGGCUGCAGCUCAGUGUCCACACUGGUAGCGGAGGCUGCUCGCAUGUGGAACCUUAUCGUGUUGUCCUACGGGUCCAGUUCUCCAGCUCUGUCCAAUCGCCAACGCUUUCCUACUUUCUUUCGCACUCAUCCCUCGGCAACGUUGCACAACCCCACUCGAGUCCAGCUCUUCCAGAAGUGGAAAUGGACCAAGAUCGCUACCAUUCAGCAGACAACCGAAGUUUUUACAUCAACCCUGGACGAUCUAGAAGAGAGGGUGAAGGAGGCCGGGAUUGAAAUAAGCGUUCGUCAGAGUUUCCUUACCGACCCUGCUGUGGCUGUCAAAAACCUCAAGCGUCAGGAUGCCCGAAUCAUUGUUGGCCUCUUCUAUGAGACGGAAGCCAGGAAGGUCUUUUGCGAGGUCUACAAGGAAAAGCUGUACGGGAAAAAAUAUGUCUGGUUCCUCAUCGGUUGGUACGCAGACAACUGGUUUAAAAUCAACGACCCGUCCAUCAACUGCACAGUGGAGCAAAUGACAGAAGCCGUCGAAGGUCACGUGACCACCGAGAUUGUCAUGCUGAACCCGGAGACCGUACGAGGAGCCUCCAACUUGACUUCUCAAGAAUUUCUCGAGCAAUUGAUGUCAAAGUUGGGUGGUAAAAACUCCGAAGAAACCGGGGGAUUUCAGGAAGCCCCCCUAGCUUACGACGCCGUGUGGGCUCUAGCGCUGGCUCUCAACAAAACCGUGGGCCCUCUAAAGGCCAAGGGUCGGCGCUUGGAAGAUUUCAAUUACAACAACCGAGAUAUAACGGCCGAAAUCUACCGCGCCCUCAACACCAGCUCCUUCGAAGGCGUUUCGGGCCAUGUAAUAUUUGAUGCCCAAGGUUCUCGGAUGGCCUGGACUCUAAUUGAACAGCUUCAAGGAGGAAGCUAUAAGAAGAUUGGAUACUAUGACAGCACUAAAGGCAAUCUCUCCUGGUACGGGAAUGACAAAUGGAUCGGCUCUGGACCCCCUGCAGACCAGACAAUGGUCAUUGAAGAGUUCCGCUACCUGUCUCAGAAGCUAUUCGUGUCCAUGUCUGUGUUCUCCGGUUUGGGAAUCUUACUGGGCAUUAUCUGCCUUACUUUCAAUAUCUACAACAGCAGUGUCAGGUACAUUCAGAACUCGCAGCCAUACCUUAACAACAUGACCGCAGUGGGCUGCGUGAUGGCUUUAGCUGCCAUUUUCCCUCUGGGUAUCGACGGCCUUCAUGUCCGCAGGAAGCAUUUCCCUGUCGUCUGCCAGUUUCGACUGUGGCUGCUCGGUCUGGGUUUCAGCCUGGCGUACGGCAGCAUGUUUACCAAGAUCUGGUGGGUCCACACCGUCUUCACCAAGAAGGAUGAGAAGAAGGAUAAGAAGAAGCACCUGGAGCCAUGGAAGCUGUACGCCACGGUUGGGGUCCUGCUCGGCAUCGACUUCUUGUCUCUUAUCAUCUGGCAGAUUGUGGAUCCCUUACAUAUCACAGUGGAGAAAUUCACCCGAGAAGCCCCAAAAGGAGACCUGGAUGUUUUGAUUCAACCGUUAUUGGAGCACUGCAGCUCGGAAAAAAUGAACACCUGGCUGGGCGUUGUGUACGGGUACAAAGGCUUGCUGCUGCUGCUCGGCAUCUUCCUGGCUUAUGAGACCAAAUCUAUUUCAACGGAGAAAAUCAACGACCACCGAGCUGUGGGCAUGGCCAUCUAUAAUGUCGCUGUCCUCUGUUUGAUCACAGCGCCCGUCACCAUGAUCCUGUCCUCUCAGCAGGACGCCUCUUUUGCCUUCGCCUCCCUGGCCAUCGUGUUUUCCGUCUACAUCACCCUGGUGGUUCUAUUUGUGCCCAAGAUGCGACGUUUGAUCACAAGGGGUGAGUGGCAAUCAGAUGCCCAGGAGACCAUGAAGACGGGUUCUUCCAUGAACAACAAUGAUGAGGAGAAAUCCAGACAGUUGGAGAGAGAAAACAAGGAGCUGCAGAAGAUUAUACAAGAAAAAGAAGAGCGUGUAUCCGAGCUGAGAAACCAGCUUUCUGAGCGACAGGCUCUACGAUCGAGAAGAAGACCGUCCACCGUCUCCAAUCAGAACCACAACACGCCCCCGCUAGCGAUUCCCCCGACCGACCCCAGAUCAUUGGUGCCGCCUCCGGGGUACCCUACGCCCACUUCUGACCUGCACGCCAUCCCCGCGUCCUUUGCCAAUUCCUCCAGCCUCUACCAGCCCGACAACAAAAUCGGUCGCAAUAACUGUCACACCAGCCGGCUGCAGAUGCUCUACAAAUGAGGUGAAGGUGAAUUUUCCUGACAUUCAUUGUACAUGUUCAUGGACAAGAUUGAAAAGAUGCCUCAGACACGGGACAAAUAGAUGCAAGUUCUCAAUUUUGCAUCCGUCAUAUCUGACUGAGUUCUAUGUCAUGCUAACUCGUUUUCAGAAAUUUGUUCCAUGUUAACCGUUUGUUGUCGAGACGUUUGUUUUGGCAAGACAUUCAGCUUCUGGUCCAGCAAAUUGUAAUAAUACCGACGUCUGAGUAGCUGUGCAAAGAGUUGCCUUUUUUUCUCGGAAGUGCUGCCGACAACCACUCAAAGACAGGCAGUCAGAUAGUAGAAAAAAUGGGAAUAUUAUGUGCCAACAUAUGAACUUGAGCUCAACAUGGCAAAAGUUCAUAACUAACUGCAAUCUGUAACACCUUUGUCUAUCCGUAACUUGUUCCAGGUUGGCCUCUAGUCAUUGAUCCGGUUCAAAUGUAAAUGUGAUGAUUCAAUAGUCGUAAUGGAAUGCAAAGCGUACUCGUGUUGAAAACACCCCAAAGGGGGAAGUGGCUCAAUGACAUGUCACAAGUUUUAAAGUUUUAAAACUGGCUUCAUUCAAAUUGCCUGGAUUUAAGGCUGCGUUCAGACGGCAGGCAUAUCUGAUUCCGAUAGCAUUCCUCCUCAAAUCCCAUUUUUAGGGCUGACUGUUCACACUAAAGUGUCCAAAUUGGAACGGGGCUUUUGCAGAUCGGGUCACAUUAUUGACCCGUCUGAGCAGUCUCUGUGGCUACCAAGCGUCAUCCGGCAUACAGUGACGCCACAGACUCGGCUGUUCAGACUGAGAAGCAACUUGUUCCUAUCAGAUAUGAAACUAUGUGGUUAUAAUUCGUCUUGGAUGUCUGUCCUUUGAGACUUCAGAUGACAAAAGAGCCAUCCGGUUUCAAUCCGGAUGGGCUAUAAAUCAAGAUUUUGUCUCCCAGUCUGAAGAAGGCCAUAGUGUGCUGUUAUACUGAAUCCUUGGGAUAUUUUGUCCCAGGCGUAUUUAGUUAAGACUAAAUGUUGACCGAUAUAUCGGUCAGGCGAUAUACACUGCUGGACAAAAGUAUUGGCACCCCUGCAAUCGUGUCAGAUAAUGCUCAAUUUUUCCCGGAAAAUUAUUUAUAAAUGCUUUGGUCGUAAUAUCUUGGUUUAUUUUGCUUGCCAAAAAAAAACACAAAAACACAAAAGAGAAUUGGAAAAUUUUUUAAUCAUUUUAAACAAAACCCCAAAAAAAUGGGCCGGACAAAAGUAUUGGCACCCUUUGAAAAAUCAUGUGAUGCUUCUCUAAUUUGUGUCAUCAACGGCACCUGUUGCUUACCUGUGGCACAUAACAGGUGGUGGCAAUCACUAAACCACACUUGCAGCCAGUUAAAAUGGAUUAAAGUGGACUCAACCUCUGUCCUGUGUCCUUGUGUGUACCACAUUGAGCAUGGAGAAAAGAAAGAAGACCAAAGAAUUGUCUGAGGACCUGAGAAGCGAAAAGGUGAGGAAGCAUGGGCAAUCUCAAGGCUACAAGUUCAUCUCCAAAGACCUGAAUGUCUACCAUUCGCAGUGUCAUCCAUAAAUGUAAGGCCUACGGCACUGUGGCUAGCCUCCCUAGAUGUGGACGGAAAGGAAAAAUUGAUGAGAGAUUUCAACCAAAGAUUGUGCGGAUGGUGGAUAAAGAACCUCGACGAACAUCCGAACAAGUUCAAGCUGUCCUGCAGUCCGAGAAUACAACAGUGUCAACCCGUACUAUCCGUCGGCGUCUGAAUGAAAAGGGACUCUAUGGUAGGAUACCCAGGAAUACCCCACUUCUGACCCAGGUUGGAGUUUGCCAAAACUUACCUGAGAAAGCCAACAACAUUUUGGAAGAAUGUUCUCUGGUCAGAUGAGACAAAAGUAGAGCUUUUUGGGAAAAGGCAUCAACAUUUAGAGUUUACAGGGGGGAAAAAACAAGGCCUUCAAAGAAAAGAACACGGUCCCAACAAUCAAACAUGGCGGAGGUUCCCUGAUGUUUUGGGGUCGCUUUGCUGCCACUGGCACUGGACUGCUGUACCGUGUGCAUGGCAUUAUGAAGUCUGAAGACUACCAACAAGUUUUGCAGCAUAAUGUAGAGCCCAGUGUGAAAAAGCUGGAUCUCCCUCUGAGGUCAUGGGUCUUCCAGCAGGACAGUGACCCAAAACACACGUCAAAAAACACUAGAAAAUGGUUCAAGAGAAAGCACUGGAGACUUCUAAAGUGGCCAGACCUGAAUCCCAUAAAACACCUGUGGAGAGAUCUGAAAUUGGCACCCUUCAAAUCUCAAGUUCAAGCUGUCCCGCAGUCCGAGGGUACAACAGUGUCAACCCGUACAAUCCGUCGGCGUCUGAAUGAAAAGGGACUCUAUGAUAGGAUACCCAGGAAGACCCAGAGACAUAAAAAAGGCAAGCUGGAGUUUGCCAAAAUAUACCUGAGAAAGCCAAAAACGUUUUGGAAGAAUGUUCUUUGGUCAGAUGAGACAAAAGUAGCCUUUUUGGGAAGAGGCAUCAACAUAGUUUACAGGGGAAAAAAACGAGGCCUUAAAAGUAAAGAACACGGUCCCCACAGUCAAACAUGGCGGAGGUUCCCUGAUGUUUUGGAGUUGCUUUGCUGCCUCUGGCACUGGACUGCUUGACUGUGUGCAUGGCAUUAUGAAGUCUGAAAACUACCAACAAAUUUUGCAGCAUAAUGUGAGAAAGCUGGGUCUCCCUCAGAGGUCUUGGGUCUUCCAGCAGGACAAUAACCCAAAACACACUUCCAAAAGUACUAGAAAAUGGUUUGAGAGAAGCACUGGAGACUUCUAAAGUGGCCAGACCUGAAUCCCAUAAAACACCUGUGGAGAGAUCUGAAAUUGGCACCCUUCAAAUCUCAGCGACCUGGAGCAGUUGACCAAAGAAGAAUGGUCUAAAAUUCCAGCAGAAACUCCUUGAUGGAUACCAUAAGCAGUUGUUCGUGGUUAUUUUGUCUCAAGGUUUUGCUACCAAGUAUUAGGCUACGGGUGCCAACACUUUUGUCUGGCUCAUGUUUGGAGUUUUGUGUAAAAUGUAGGGCUGUCAAACGAUUACAAUUUUUUAUCGAGUUAAUUACAGCUUAAAAAUUAAUUAAUCGUAAUUAAUCGCAAAUAAUCGCAAUUCAAACCAUCUAUAAAAUAUGCCAUAUUUUUCUGUAAAUUAUAUAUAUAUUCUGCAAAAUAAAUUGUUGGAAUGGAAAGAUAAGACACAAGAUGGAUAUAUACAUUCAACAUACGGUACAUAAGGACUGUAGUGGGCAUUUCACUCUACUGUCAUUUAAAUCUGUCUAUGCUGUCCUCACUCCGAAGCGUCUAUUUUUUCCAAAGCUAGACAGUUAGUGAACGACGCCUUAAUAAUCCGACUUCUUUCUUUUUCAUCUGAUUUAUUGAUAAAAUGGCCUCAAACCAUUGUCCUCUUUAGAUCGUCGUAAAACUACAAAAAAAAGUACACAAGCAUUGCAUUAGCAACAACGUUAGCUUAGCACGCUAUACAGGUUCACUAAACAUAAACAAAAAGCGUCUCAUACAAAAAAUAUAUUACAUUUCGCUUACUAACAUACUAUGUACAUUCUUUACAACAACCAUACUUACGGACAAAUCUUGUCCAAGGAUCAUAUAAGCACAACAUUACAACGUAGACGUCAGCCCGAGACGUCAUGCAGCCAUAUUGAACUGGCAAGAAAACAAUAAACAAUGUCACAAAGCGACCACAAGAGUUCGCUGUUAGACAGCACAAAAAGCCUUGCUGUAAAACUUACCAAAAGGCAGAAUACUGUCUGAGCGGGACAUGUGCGUUAAUUGCGUCAAAUAAUUUUACGUGAUUAAUUUUAAAAAAUUAAUUACUGCCCGUUAACGCGAUAAUUUUGACAGCCCUAGUAAAAUGAUAAUGAUUUUUUUUUUUCUCAUUCUCUUUUGUGUUUUUUCAUUGCGAGCAAAAUGAAUGAAGAUAUUACUACCAAAGCAUUUGUAAUUGCAAUCAUUUUCUGGGAGAAAUUGAGCAUUAUCUGAUAGAAUUGCAGGGGUGCCAAUACUUUUGGCCAGCACUGUAUGGACUUUUCUCGAGCUCAGCCAUCAGCAGAUACUGUAUAAUAGAGGAAAUUAUGUUAGCUGGUUGAAUGGUGAUCCCUCUUAUAAAGUUUGACCAAUAUGUUGGCUGGCCGAUAUAUCAGGCCGAUAGAUGGACUUUUUCCAAGACUGGCCGAUAUGAUAGGAUAAUGAUGUUCACUGUUUGGGUGACGAUUUGUCUUAUAAAGGACGUCCGGAAUAUUGGCCAGCCAAUAUAUCGGGCCGAUAGAUGGAAUUUUUCCAAGAGCGGCCGAUAUCCGCUGAUUGUAGUAGAAUAACUUAUGUUCGCUGUUCGGGUGUUGAGCUUUGUUAAUUGGGAUUUUGCACCACCUGGUGGCCAGUGUUACAAAAGGAAAAAUGGAACCUCCAUUAUAGACAUUUUUAUCAUGAGUGUUUCAAUUACCUUUCAUAAUCAAUCUGUUUAUAUAGCAUAUAUCAGUUUACAAAAUCGGUUUCAUAUUUUUUUAAAAUCUGCAUUGGCCUUUGAAAAUCCCAUAUCGGUUGACCUCUAGUUAAGAACAGAUUUUAUUUUUGAAAUUUUUCACCUUUGUACCAUCACACAAUGCUUUCCAAACUUGACCUGAUGAGAAUGUGAUUUAAAUUUCAACAUGAUAUCAAGUUUGAAUUUUGCGAGACAAUAAAGGUCAUGACAAAUGUUAAAUGUUUUGCAACAUGAACACGAACGUCAGUAUGAGCAGUUGUCUCUUAUAAUGUGAUUGUUCAAAUGUUUGUCUUUCCCUGAGAAAAAAAAACAACUAAACAGGCUCAAGUCAUCAUCUCUUGCGUCAUGUCUUUUUGGUUGGUGACAGGAAGUUGGCGGAAACAAAGAAACCGACACAAUUUCGAGGAACAUACCUCGAGAUAAAAAUGCUUUGGUACGCCAGAAAUUCGUUUUAGGAAAUGUUUUUCGUCACUUUUUGGCUUUAUAUGAACAAAAAAUGAUUCGUGAUGUGAAAACUUCUAAAAUUUUACUUUAGCCAUUGAAGGAAUCUGACCUUUUAGCCAGCUUGCUGAAAUCACGCCAGCCGAACC